AUGGCUGGUGGUCGUGGUGGUCGUCGUGGGCAGGUUCCGAAUGAGGAAGCUCCGCACCGUGAUCGUAGCGUUCAGGACGUGAUGAUUGAAGAUUUGCAGAGGCAAGUUGCAGAAUUAGCCCAGCGCCUUGCGGUGCAGGAAUUCGGCAAUCGUGAGAUGGAGAACUCCGAUUCCGAUUCCACCUUCGACAACCCGUAUCACAAUCCUGUUCCAAACCGGGACCACCGUGGUAGGGAACGUCAUCAUGGAGCCCUCGGUUUCAAGGUAGACCUGCCCGAGUUUUCUGGCACGUUACAAGCCGAAGGUUUCGUCGAUUGGUUGAAUGAGAUAGAGCGGAUUUUUGAGUAUAAAGAAGUCCCUGAUUGCGACAAAGUGAAACUGGUCGCCAUCAAAUUAAAGGGUCGAGCAUCUGCGUGGUGGGAGCAGUUGAAGCGGUCAAGAGAGAGGCAAGGCAAAGCCAAGAUCACCGAUUGGGAGAAGAUGAAGAUCAAGAUGAAGAGUCACUUCCUUCCGUUCGGCUACACUCAAACCCUGUUUCAGCGACUUCACUCGUUGAGGCAAGGCAUGAGAUCAGUGGAUGAUUACACCGAGGAGUUCUAUCAGCUGAUCGCGCGGAAUGAUUUAUCAGAGACAGAAGAGCAGAUGGUGGCGCGGUAUUUGGGAGGAUUGCGACAGCCCCUACAAGAUGCCCUCAGCCUACACUCGCUGUGGACUGUUUCGGAGGCCUAUCAACGUGCACUUGUCGCAGAGAAGCAGCAGAACAAACGGCCUGUGGUUAGAAGCGAUCAAGGCAACCGCCCAGUUCGGCCCCAAGAAUCCCGUCCUGUCCAGCCGCCAACACAGGGUAAUCCUAACCCUAAUAUUAAAUGUUAUCGAUGUGGGGAACAGGGGCAUACGGCAAGUGAAUGCAGGAAACCUGCCAGCCAGAAGGGUAAAAACCUCUUGCUUGAGGAAGACGUGGCAGAUUACACGUAUGAGGAGACUGGAGAUCCAUUGUAUGACGAAGAUGGAGAUGAAGAGGUGCUGUAUGGAGACGGCCAAGAGACUCUAGUCAUUCGUAAGAGUCUGCUGACUCCCAAGGGAGACUCUGGAGAUGAUUGGUUGAGAACCAAUAUUUUCCAUACCACUUGCACGUGGCCGACAAAGUAUGUAAGAUGA